CAGAUAUCCAACUUCACUAUCCAGCAAAAAGUCAACAUCACCACAGGCGUUGGCUGGGGUAAUGGUCUCUGUGUUGGAAACACUCCUCCUGUUGGAAACUUUCCUGGGUUGUGUCUUCAAGAUUCACCGCUCGGAGUCCGGGAUACUGACUUCGUCACUUCGUUCCCCGCUGGUAUCACCACCGCUUCUACAUGGAAUCGUGCUCUCAUGCGCGCCCGGGGUUUCGCGAUGGGUCAAGAGCACCGAAUGAAAGGUGUCAAUGUCGCUCUGGGACCCAUGAUGAACAUGGGCCGCAUCGCUCAAGGUGGACGCAACUGGGAGGGAUUCGGUGCUGACCCGUUUCUAUCUGGAGAAGCCGCCUAUGAAACGAUCCUGGGCCUGCAAUCUGGUGGUGUCCAGGCCACGGCUAAACACUACAUCAACAACGAACAAGAAUGGAAGCGCACACAGGAGUCUUCCAAUGUCGAUGAUCGUACCCAACAUGAAAUUUACGCCCAUCCUUUUAUGCGCUCUGUAAUGGCGGGUGUCUCGUCGGUUAUGUGCAGUUAUAACUUGAUUAAUGACACUUAUGCUUGUAAUAACAACAAGACCCUCAACGACAUAAUGAAACGCGAGUUUGGCUUUCAAGGCUUUAUCCAAUCUGAUUGGUCUGCGACGAUGGAAACCCUUUCCCCCGUUGCCGGUCUCGAUAUGUCGAUGCCCGGAGACAUAACCCUCGGUUCAGGGACGUCUUACUUCGGUCAGAAUCUCACCGACUUCGUUAUGAACGACACUAUAUCUAUACAGCGGCUUGACGAUAUGGCGACGCGGAUCAUUGCUGCAUGGUACUUCUUGCACCAGGACGAAGGCUACCCAAAUGUCACUGUUUCUUCGUUCGAUCUCUACAACCCUCUUAAUCGGGAGGUCAACGCGCAAAGUGAUCAUUAUCUAAUUGUACGCGAGAUUGGUGCCGCUGGUACAGUUCUUCUAAAGAAUGAAGGCGCACUCCCUCUGUGCAAGCCGAAGAGCAUCGUCUUAGUUGGUAGUGAUGCUGCUCCGCCAGUUUCGGGUCCAAACGAGUACACCGACCAAGGUGGCGAUCCAAGUGGCAUCCUUGCGAUGGGCUGGGGUUCUGGAACCGACAAUUUCACGUAUCUUAUCUCCCCCUACGAAGCCAUUCAGGCACGCGCUCGAGUGGAUCAGACCAGUGUUUUCUGGGACUUUGAUGACUGGGACCUCGCCAAGGCAGGCAACUCCGUUAUUGGCAUGGAAGCCGCCAUUGUUUUUGUUAACUCCGACUCGGGUGAAGGUUACAUUACUGUCGAUGGAAAUGCGGGUGAUAGGAAGAAUUUGACUGCAUGGCAUCAGGGUGACCAGCUCAUUCUUGCUGUCGCUGCUCAAAAUAACAACACUAUCGUGGUCACCAAUUCUGUUGGUCCUUUGAUCAUCGAACCUUGGGUCGAUCAUCCAAACGUCACUGCCAUUGUUUGGGCUAAUCUUGGCGGCAACGAGGCUGGCAACGCCAUCGCUGACAUUCUUUACGGUGCCUGGAACCCAUCUGGGAAACUACCAUAUACCAUUGCGAAGAGCCCCACGGACUAUCCUGCCCAGCUUGUAACGGGUGGUACUGCAGCAGAUAUCUUGUCCAUAAACUACACUGAAGGUCUCUUCAUUGACUACCGCUGGUUCGAUGCACAAAACAUCACACCUCGUUAUGAGUUUGGCUUCGGAUUGAGUUACACGACUUUCGAGUACUCUGACCUUGCCAUCACGAAAGUUAACCCCGCCAACUACGCACAAAUGGACCUGGUUCAGAAUUGGGAAGUCGGGGGUGCAACACCCAUUGCCGAAGGGUCUACAACUGCUCUCUGGCUGCAUAUGCCAGCAUACGAAGUUACCUUUGCUGUACAAAACACUGGUGCUUUAUACGGUGGCGAGGUUCCCCAAAUAUACAUCCAUCACCCACCCUCAGCUGGUGAACCGCCUUCGGUCCUUAAGGGCUUUACGAAUGUCGUUGUAUCACCAGGCCAAACUACCUCUGUAUCGAUUACUCUGUCCCGCUACGAUCUUUCUAUUUGGGAUGUUGUUCGCCAGGGGUGGGCAAAACCCGAAGGAACUAUCACUUUCUCCGUUGGGGCAAGUAGCAGGGACUUUAGGCUGAGUGGGAUCAUUCCUGCAUAG